AUGAUCGGAACGAUGAAUUUUUUUUUCGAAAAAUGUCCAUUCCUGAGCAAAAUUUGUCCAUGGAUCAAGUUGGACAAUUUUUUAAGGCUUGAAUGGGAUGAUUUUUAUGGGGAAGAUCUUUCCAAUACACAAUAUGAAGACGAAACAACAAAUCUUCUAAAAACUGAUCAAAAUUACUACGUAAAGCACUGUCUCUUUGCCGAAAAUAUUAAAUCAAGUGCUAUUAAUUUUCAAACUUCGAAAGAUACAACAAAACUAUUAGUUGAUACUUCCCAAUUUUUAAAUUGUAGUAAUUCCAAAGCUGGAGGAAGUUUAUUCUUCUCCAGUGAAGGUGAAUGUGUCCAAGAUCGAAUAAUAAGUGACUCAUCAAAAGUAACAACAACAUAUACUUAUGGAGUUUAUUGUUAUUCAGAUGUUUCAAAUAAAGAAUCAUUCCAAAACAAAAUUCUUUCAUCUUCGAUUACUAAAAGUGGAGAAAAUAACUUAGGAUAUAGAAAUAUUUACCUAAAAAAUGGAAAAAUUAAUUUCACUAAUUCAAAUAUUUCUCAUUCAAAAUGCAAUGGAAGAAGUGUUUCUUGUUUUGAAAGUUAUUUAACUGAUUCAAAAGUUUUAUUUUCUAUAUUUUAUGAUAAUAAAGAUAAUACUCCAAGUGAUGCUGCCCCUGUUAACCUUUAUAAUUCACCAUCAUCAAAUAUUCUAUUUGAAGCAACAAAUUUCCAAAAUAUUACUGAUUAUUGGUUAGUUUAUGCAUAUAAAUCUCCAACAAAUUUAACAAAAUGUUGUUUCUCAAAUAACAAUAUUUCUCAAUAUUAUUUCUAUGGAGAUAGUGCCAAAAUUACAGUUGAUAGAUGUUUCAUUGAUGUAAGUCCAAUUAAAGGAGGAACAGUUGAAAUAACUAACGAAAUCAAAGAUACAUCUAACAUAGAUAUUUGUAAAACAUACUAUGAACUCGAAUAUCAAAUUCUUGAUAUCAAUAAAAAUAAAUUCACAAAGAAUAUUUUGAAAAUAUUGAGAAAGCUCGAAAAUAUAUUAAAUUUUCAAACAUUUCUAUAA